AUGGAUGAUCCACUUUUUCUAGACUUUGUACAAAAGGUCCAGGCUGGAGAACAACGGAGAUACGAAGCAAGUUCACAACCCCCUCAAUAUUAUCACCAGGUCCAUAGCCACAAGAAUCCUAAAUCGGGAGGAGUAUUGAACAAAAGAAGAGCUUCUAAUGAAGGAUAUCAGCCACGAAGAAAUGGUUUUGAGCCGGAUUUCAAGAAACGCAAGUCUUCUGACUCUUUGAAAGUCGUUUUGGAUGGGGAGAGGCUAGAUAUGCCCAAAUUUGAUGCUGCACCACCAAAAUCCAUUGGAUUUCUUGAUUUACAACGUGUUGAGCAUGCCACCAAAAGUUUACAAAAAAAUGCAAAGCUUAUUCUUGCACAAGCUCCUGAUGCAAUUCAAUUGACGGAGUUGCUUAACUCAAGAGAUAUUGAUAGUGCCACCAGAAGUGACUUGAAACAAAGUAGUUUGAUGGCUUUGGCAUCAAGAUUGAAAACAAAGUACAAGUUGGGUGAAGCCUCGUUACUAGACGAGAUUGUCAAUGAAACUCUUAUCAUUACUGAUGAAGAUAACGAGAAAUUGGCCCAGUUGGUCACUGAGCAAGGAGCGAAUCCGCACCAACUCGAAAUGGCACGUGUCGUUGCAAAUGAUAUCUCACCUAAUGGAACUGAAAAUACUUUACCUAGAUUACCAGUUAUUGAUGAUGUCCAUUUGUUUGAAAGAGUUUUUACCCACAAGUCCAAUGUAAACAACAAAACCUACCUCAAUGAUCGAAACUUGAUAAACAGUCAUAAUGAAAGAUUGGAGUUUCUAGGUGAUUCAGUGUUGAAUAACUUGGUUACUUUAAUCAUCUAUGAAAAGUUUCCUGUUAGUUCGGAAGGCACUUUGUCACAAAUCAGGUCAGAAUUGAUCAACAACAAAGUGUUGAAAGAUUUUGCCAUUCAAUAUGGUUUCGAUAAAAAGUUGAGGUCGUCGCUUUCUAAAGAACUGAUACAGUCUGGUGAACAAAAGAUAUAUGCCGAUGUGUUUGAAGCUUACAUAGGUGCAUUGAGCUUAGAAAGAGGGCUUGACUUGGCUGAAGUUCGAAAGUGGUUGGAGCAACUUUACAAUCCUCUACUUGCUCAUGUUGAACAUAAAUACGUGACUAAUUUUGUAGAUAAGGAAGCCAAAACUGAAUUGUACGCUCUCAUUGGGAGGGCCGAAGCUUGUCCAGAAUAUGUUACUGUGGUUGAAGGUGAUGGUUUGGAGAAGAAAUUUGUUGUUGAAUGCAGGAUGGGGGAUGAAGUUUUAGCAACAGGUGAAGAUCGCAAUAUCAAGACGGCAAGUUUGCGUGCCGCUGAAAAUGCCUUGAAAAAUACUGCAGGCUUGGAGAAAUUCGUGAUUGCAAGGCAAUCUGUUGAACGUCCAGUUCGAGAAUCCCGAAAUGAGCGCUUGAAGGAAAAGAAAGCUGAGAAAUUGAAAAAAUUGAAAGAGCAAGAAGAAGCGGGCGACAGGAGUGGUGAGCAUGAAAUUCCAAGACGUCCUGAUUCUCCCAUCCGUACCUCGAUGUUUCCCAUUGCAGUACGCGAUAAUGUCGAGGUUGAUAUCGAUGCUAAGAACAAAUUAUAUGCUACCUUGGGUUUGAAGACAGGGACUAAGCCGACUUAUAUUGUCAAGGAAUCAAAGAAUGGUCAACACACUGUGCAAUUGUUGGCUAGACAGUUGGUUGUUGCAACAGCCACUGACACGUCCAAGAAAAAGGCAACUGCGAGAGUUGCUGAUGCCGUUAUGAAAGAUCCUGAAGCUUUGAGAGAGUUGUGCAAGCGAUUUGAUUAG